UUGAAUCAGAUGUUUUGCUUUUUGCAGUGGUCAUCAAACAUCACACCGUUUUUCAUUCCAAACACCAAAAUUGUAAUUUGAAAAGGAACAUUAGUUUAACUACAUUCCAAUUUUACUCGAUAUUAAAAUUAUUGUUUUAUUUAAACAAAAUGGUUAAUUUUGUUCUUCAAAAUGAGGAUGAAGUCAUUCAAAAACUUACCGACCGAAUAGAAAGUUUAGCUCAAAAAGCUAUCGCUGAUAACGGAGUAUUCCGUGUUGGUUUAUCAGGUGGCUCCGUUAUAAACUACCUGUGCAGAGCAAUUCCAGCAAUCAAAACUGACCUCGCUAAGUGGCGAUUGUUUUUCUGUGAUGAACGCUUCGUUCCUGAGAAUGAUAGUGAUUCCACGUUUGGUGCCUAUAAAGUAGCGUUGCUUCCAGUGACAGAUUUAAAGGAAGAGCAAUUCAUUAAAAUCAACACAAAUCUCACUCUGGAAGAGUGUGCCAAGGAUUAUGAAGAGAAAAUUCUCAAAGAAUUCCAAAUGGAAGAUGGUUCCGUGCCGGUAUUUGAUUUAUUGCUUCUCGGGAUGGGACCCGAUGGACAUACUUGUUCAUUAUUUCCGGGUCAUGGAUUGUUGAAUGAGACCCGUCGUCUUAUUGCACCCAUUGAUGAUUCACCCAAACCACCUCCAAAGAGAGUUACUAUGACUUUUCCAUUAAUUAACAAUGCUAAUUGUUGUAUGUUUGCAAUUUGCGGAGCGGGAAAAGCUGCCAUUGUUGAGAGAAUUUUCGUUAAUAAGGAGUUACUGCCAACGGGUUUGGUUGCUCCAAAGAAUGGGAAUUUGGUUUGCAUUUUUGAUCAGGCAGCCGGAAAGAGCAUAGGCGCUAAUAAUUAGAUUUUGUUAUGUGAUAUUUACAUAAAGCCGAUGGUUGCGAAAAUAAAGUGAUUUUUUUAACAUGAA